ACUAACAGCGACUAAGUAUAAAUACCCACAAUUGAACUUUUCAGCAGUUCAAGCAACAACCAUUUUCCACUAGAGAAUUCGGAUUAUAAAAGAUGAAUUUGAUGGAAUACGAUGGCGUACUCCCAAAGAACAACUAUAACUCUCCUUAUUAUGCUGCGGUUCCCGCGGCGUCAGAGCCCACGGAGAUUCUGAGCAAACGGUUCGAACUAUGGAGACAGAUCAUCAAAUCCUUGAUUGGGUACCUGAAGGGCGUAAGCAUUGCUAAUACACAGUUUUCUAUCAUCAACAACAAUCUGGUUGAUACGAUCCACUUCCCGUUCUUCACGUCACUGCAGAAGACAACGAAGAAGGGCGAUGUCCAUGAGAUCAAGGACCCUAGUCCUGAGAAUUUAAAGAAACAGAGCUUCUUUGCAAGCUUUGGGUCUGGUUCUGUCCAGGACGUGCAAAUACUGCUUAAGAAGUACCAUUUGAACCUGGCUCAACAACAGAUGAAGAUUGUUGAGCAAUUGGAGACGAAGUUGAUUCCAAGGUUGGAGGAGUUGCAGAAGGACUUGAUGACGAAGAUUAGGGAGAUCAAGAGCUUAAACGGUGAUUUCAAGAACAACAUGGAUACUGAGAUUGCUAUCUCCGGCCAGCUCUUGGAUGAGUUCAUGCUGUCUGUGAAGAAGUUGAAGAAUGGCGAUGAAUCAUCAUUGCACAGCAAGACGGAUCCUUUCUUGUUGAGAUUGAAAUUGGAAUUACAGUUGAAACAACAGCUACACCAAGAAAACUAUUUAGAGGAAGCAUACAUCAACUUACAGAUUACCGGGCUAGAACUGGAAAAGAUCAUAUACCAAGAGAUUCAGAAGGCAUUGCACGACUAUUCAGAGUUAAUAUCACAGGAGAUCUUUGUAAUGUACAACGACUUGAUCAAUGAACUCCACGAGGGAAUCAUGACUCAGAAAGUGUUCUUUGAGUGGGAUGAUUUUAUCCGCAGGGAUAAUGGUAAGAACCUGCUAAAGCUGAAACACGACGACGAAGUUCCAGUUCCUAGAAAGUUAUCAACGAUCAAGUAUCCGUAUAACAAAGACUUGAUGGCAAAGACCAUUAGAAGUGGCCACCUUUUGAAGAAGUCUAAGUUCUUGAAGAACUAUACCAAGAGCUUUUUCAUACUGACUUUGAACUAUCUUCACGAGUUCAAGUCAAAGGACCUGUUUGAAAACAUCCAGCCUAUAAACUCUAUAAAGCUCAACGACUGUAUCUUGACCGAGUCCAACGACAACAAAUUCCAAUUACACGUUAACAACCCAAAGGCAUUGAAGGCACACAACUUUGUGUUUAAGAGGAUUCCCGAGGAGAUGUCCGAAUACGAGUUCAAGAAGUGGGUAUUGGACUUGAAGGGGCUAACUUCGUUCAACAAUUUCCGGGAACGGUGCCAGUUCUUGGAGAGAAAGUUGGGCACCGGUAGCAUUUCAGGCUCCAAUACACCAAAUAUUGAAGUUCCAAACCCAAUGGAUAAUAUGAAUGUCCAACAGAAGUUACAGGAACUAUCCGUGAUGUCCAGUCAAGGCAAGCAGUCUGCAAUGCCAACCAUUCUGAUGAGCAACAGUGGUGCUGGUUCCGGUUCAGGAUCUGCACAAUCAUCAUUGACCAACUCUCCAAAGCUGAAGCCAAUUACCCAGCCCGCUAUAAACACCAUCCCAAGGGUUCCAAGCAGUGGCUCUUUAAAGAAAGACAAGGCCAAAUUACACCUGACUCUACCAACCCCGGUGGUUCCGCAGUUGAGCGUUCAAACACCAACACCAGUAACAGCCAGCGUGCCGUUAAACGUGUUAACCGAGAGUCACGAGGAGGAGGAUCAAGCACAAAGCUCUGACAAGCCCAAGCCACAAGGUCGUCAUAUCCAUUUCGCACUGGACAACGGUUCUAGCAGCUCAUUGGUUGCACCGGAUAGAUCAGUCACGCCAAUGAUUGGAGACCAUGAUCGGAACAGCGCUGCUGGCCAGGGACACAAGGUCCACCACAUUGAUCUGAGCGAGCCGUUGUAUAACUCAGCAACAUCCCCCAUCUUCACGGUAAACAGCACCAGCGGUAUAGACAACAGCACCAACGGCGAAGCGACAAAGGGGCUAGAGCAGGUUAUCGAGGCCAUGAAGGGUGAGAGCGCUUGACAGGCGACAGCACACGCUUACAUAGCACACACGCAGUAUACAAAUGCACUAUAAACGAUAUACAGAGACAGAACACAGUA